GAGCCUCUACAGCUGGGAGGCACUGAAGGGGGGGAGCUGGAGAGCUGGAUCCAGUGGACCCACCAUUUCUUCAGCAAGAUCUUCGUCCCUGCCUACGAACACAUGCUGCUCCUGAGGAAGGAGGUGGAGGAGGAGAGGCUCAGGGAGGCAGCGAAGGCACGGAUCGCCCUCGCAAAAGCCAGAGAGGCAGCCAGAGAGGCAGCCAGAGAGGCAGCCAGGGUAAGGGAGCUCUGGGAGUUGGAGGAGAGACGCAGGGAGGAAGAGGAGGAGGAGGAGGCGGAGAGAGCGGAGGGCUUGGAGGAAGACAACCUCACCCCCCCAGCGCUCACCACCCCUGUGGCCUCUGCCACCUCCAUAGGCCAAUCGAAACAGUCCCUGAGCAGCGGGGCCCGCAAGAAGAAGAAAUAAGAUUACAUCACCACUGCAAAACAAAGUGUUUAUUUAACAAAGUGUUUAUUGAACAAAAAGCGUAUAUAUAAAAAGAAACGUUUCUUUC